CAUUGCAGUACAUUGAGCUCCAUAGAGACAGCGCCGGGGCAAGCGAGAGCCGGACGGGCACUGGGCGACUCUGUGCCUCGCGGACGAAAAUCAACUAAACAUGGGCAAAGGAGAUCCUAAGAAGCCGAGAGGCAAAAUGUCCUCAUAUGCAUUCUUUGUGCAAACUUGCCGGGAGGAACACAAGAAGAAGCACCCGGAUGCUUCUGUCAACUUUUCAGAGUUCUCCAAGAAGUGCUCAGAAAGGUGGAAGACCAUGUCUGCUAAAGAAAAGGGGAAAUUUGAAGACAUGGCCAAGGCUGACAAGGCUCGUUAUGAAAGAGAAAUGAAAACCUACAUCCCCCCCAAAGGGGAGACCAAAAAGAAGUUCAAGGACCCCAAUGCACCCAAGAGGCCUCCUUCGGCCUUCUUCUUGUUCUGUUCUGAGUAUCGCCCCAAAAUCAAAGGAGAACACCCUGGCUUAUCCAUUGGUGAUGUUGCAAAGAAACUGGGAGAGAUGUGGAACAACACUGCUGCAGAUGACAAGCAGCCCUACGAAAAGAAGGCUGCCAAGCUGAAGGAGAAGUACGAAAAGGAUAUUGCUGCCUACAGAGCUAAAGGAAAACCCGAUGCAGCGAAAAAGGGGGUGUUCAAGGCGGAAAAGAGCAAGAAAAAGAUGGAAGAGGAAGAUGAUGAGGAAGACGAAGAGGAUGAAGAGGAGGAGGAAGAAGAGGAAGACGAAGAUGAGGAAGAAGAUGAUGAUGAUGAAUAAGUUGGUUCUAGCGCAGUUUUUUUUUCUUGUCUAUAAAGCAUUUAACCCCCCUGUACACAACUCACUCCUUUUAAAGAAAAAAAUUGAAAUGUAAGGCUGUGUAAGAUUUGUUUUUAAACUGUACAGUGUCUUUUUUUGUAUAGUUAACACACUACCGAAUGUGUCUUUAGAUAGCCCUGUCCUAGUGGUAUUUUCAAUAGCCACUAACCUUGCCUGGUACAGUCUGGGGGUUGUAAAUUGGCAUGGAAAUUUAAAGCAGGUUCUUGUUGGUGCACAGCACAAAUUAGUUAUAUAUGGGGACGGUAGUUUUUUUGGUUUUUUGUUUUGUUUUGUUUUUGGUUUUUUUUUCAUCUUCAGUUGUCUCUGAUGCAGCUUAUACGAAGAUAAUUGUUGUUCUGUUAACUGAAUACCACUCUGUAAUUGCAAAAAAAAUUGCAGCUGUUUUGUUGACAUUCUGAAUGCUUCUAAGUAAAUACAAUUUUUUUUAUU